CUGAAGCAUAAAGACAUGCGAGGACGGGUGCAACGGCCGCCAAAGUCAGUGAACGAAGCGCAUAAAACAAAGAAAUAACCGAAAAAAAAAAACGAUUAAAUAAAUAAAUAACAAAAUAGAAACGAACUGCAGAUCUUUAGACCGCGUGUGCCACAAGUGUUAGCCAAGCCGAGCCACAACUCUCUGGCUUUUAAAAUGGUUGUGCAAAAGGCGGCCACGCCCACACUUCCAGCUGCCGCCGUGGCAGACAGCCCAGACAAUUGCUACAUGCAACAAUAUCAGAAAUACGCCACACACUGCGAGACAGCCGACAGCGGCAAUGGUAGCGACCUGGAGAGCAACGGCGGACCCGUACAGGCCGCACUCCUGCUGACCGACGACAGCGAGGAGAGCGAGCCCUCUUCCCUGAACAGUGACAGCCUCAACUGCAGCAGCACGGAGUAUGUGCGUCAGGCGGCAGCCAAGCCCAGCGGCCAGCUGCGCCAGCGCCACAAAUCGCUGCGCAUGCUGGGCAACCUGCUGCCGGACUCGCUGCUGCGCGACAUACGGGACAGACGCAGCGCCGAGUACGUGGUGCAGUUCACCAGCCCCGUCGCCGAUCCGGUCGCAGUCGCGGUCAAGGACAAGCCGCCAAACCGGCAGCCAGCGAGCGGAUCGGAGCUGUCGUCUGGCAGGCCGUUGUCGCGACGCCUGUCGCGCGAAUCGCUCAACGAGGCCAGCAUCGAGGAACUGCGCGCCGCGGUGCAGCGGGCCAACUUUGUCCAAACCGGUGGCGAUCCGCCGCCAUCUGCCGCAGCCAACUUGCAGCCGGACAGCAACGGGAGCAGCGGGAGCGUGAGCGGGGGCAGCUACAAGUAUGCGGAUGAUCAAUACUACAGCUUUCACAUAAACGAGCACGAGAACUUCAGGAGCUUUGCGCGGCAUGACGAGCAGCGGGAGCGGGAGGGGGACGAAGCGUCGAUGCACGAGGAUCACGACGUGUUCGCCGGCUAUCGGGACGUGCGCAGCAGCGCCAGCUCCACACAGUCUACCAUACGCUCAGCCAAGGGAACCGUGCGCGGCGUCAAGAAUCGUGUGCGCAAUGGAAUAGCCACGUUCUUGCAGCUGCAACAGCAGCCGAAUGUGAAGUGCUUCAUGGAAAAAGAUCUGGGCAAGGUGGUGCUCUAUACGACCAGCAUGGGCGUCAUACGGGACACCUAUGCGAAAUGUGCCAAUGUUAAGCAAAUUCUGCGCACGCUGCUGGUCAAGUUCGAGGAGCGGGACGUCUUCAUGAGCGUCGAGUAUCAGGCGGAGAUGCGCCAGCGCAUGCAGACCUCACAGAUACGCGUGCCCCAGCUCUAUGUGGAGGGCCAACUCAUUGGCGAUGCGGAGACCGUCGAGCGCAUGAAUGAGUCCGGCGAGCUGCGCCAGCUGCUCAAGCCCUACAAGUCCAUUGCCAGCACAUACACCUGCCAGACCUGCGGCGGCUAUCGCCUGCUGCCGUGCCCCUCGUGCAACGGCUCCAAGAAGUCCGUGCAUCGCAAUCACUUCACGGCCGAGUUUGUCGCCCUCAAAUGCAUGAACUGCGAUGAGGUGGGGCUGGUCAAGUGCCACAAUUGCUGACUGGGCGAAGAACUGCUGUGAGGACCUGGACCAUUCCAUAUAUAUAUAUAUAUAUAUUUGUAUAGCAUUUGAGUGCAUUAUUUGCAUUUUGCAUAACCUUUUAUUCUAAGCCCAGUUUAACUUAGUCAACAACAACAACAACAACAAGCAUGAUCAUACUAACUAACCAAGUCUAGACUUAAGUAGUAAAUAGUGUCAAAAAGGCAA